CUCCAAACACUAACCGGACACGCUUAACUCCAAACACUAACCUGACACGCUUAACUCCAAACAAUAACCGGACACGCUUAACUCCAAACACUAACCCGACACGCUUAACUCCAAACAAUAACCAGACACGCUUAACUCCAAACACUAACCGGACACGCUUAACUCCAAACACUAACCGGACACGCUUAACUCCAAACAAUAACCAGACACGCUUAACUCCAAACACUAACCGGACACGCUUAACUCCAAACACUAACCGGACACGCUUAACUCCAAAAACUAACCCAACACUCUUAACUCCAAACACUAACCCGACACGCUUAACUCCAAACACUAACCGGACACGCUUAACUCCAAACACUAACCCGACACGCUUAACUCCAAACACUAACCCGACACGGUUAACUCCAAACACUAACCUAACACGCUUAACUCCAAACAGUAACCCGACAUGCUUAACUCCAAACACUAACCCGACACGCUUAACUCCAAACACUAACCUAACACGCUUAACUCCAAACACUAACCCGACACGCUUAACUCCAAACACUAACCGACACGCUUAA